UGUUAGGAUGUUAAAACUUAUUUUCGCUGCCUAUAUUGCAUGGUUACCUUUCAUAUUUUGCAUUCCCCACAUGACUAUCCUCUCCUCCCCUCUUUCUCUCUCAGACCAGAUUCUACUCGCACAAACACCUAAUGAAAUUAUAUGUUUUCAAAAAAUGACUUUCUCUGUUUUGCAAUGGCUUGUUCUUCGGAGACUCAACAACACAACUUGCAAAUUAAUUGUCCAAAAACUACCCGUGAGUCAAAUAUCGCAUAUAGAAUUGGCUUCAGUAACGCAUAUUGGGUUAGCAAUCUGGCGGCAAAGAAGGGUUCAUUCUGUCAAGGCACUUUCACAUAUGGAACCAAGUUCGUUCUUGGUGCACGGUUCUACCGCUCUAGACCUUGCACGUUAGUGGUUUUAUCCUGGGAGGAGAUUGUCCACGUUAGCCAGUGCGGAAGGCAGGCAACACUACCUUAAGAAAAGCUCCGGCGACUCUGCUUUCCUUUCUUUCCAUUCGGCUUCUUGUGACCUUCUACUCAAUUUUAUUUUUUAUCUCCGAGUUGUAAAAUCCAAACGUAUUAAUAGUUUGGAUUAUUCUCUUCUUAUUUUUCCCAGUGUAACUCUUACUUCUUUCAAAAACCUAAAGAUUGUAUUCAUGGAUUUUGGAUUUGACAUUGUGGGUUCCUCCGGCAAUGGAAUGAGUUUCGAAGUUCCGGCAAGAACUACAUUGA